AUGUUUGCAGCUGAUGUGUGGAAUAACAUCCGAGUAAAGGCAGGUAUCCAGAAUUUUAGUACUUGGGACGACAUUGUAAUGGGCCUGGCUUCAAAUGCGCACAAGAGAUCUAUUCAGUCAAUUAUUGCGAGGCUGCUGUUGGCUGCUUCUACUUAUCUCAUCUGGAAGGAACGUAAUGAUCGAUUUCACAAUAUGAGUAUUCUCACGAAACGGGAGUCAUUAUGGGUCUCUUGGAAUUAUGAUAAUAAGUUGAAGGGAUGUAGUUUUUGGGAUAUUCCUGUUCCGAAUAACUGCUCUUGGGGGUGGAGGAAAUUACUACAGUUAAGGCCUUCUAUUCGGAGUCAUAUUUGGUCUAAGGUUGGUAAUGGUGUAAACACCUCUGCUUGGUUUGAUCGAUGGGCUGAUAUAUGUCCUAUCUGUAAUCUGGUGUCACCUAGGGAUAUUCGUAUGGCUGGUUUCUCGCUCAAUGCUUCAAUUGCUGAUAUUAUUUCGAAUGGGGUGUGGUUGUGGCCGGAUGCUUGGUAUGAUCUCUUCCCCGUUUUAACUAAUAUACAUGUUUUACAGCUUGAACCGAAUAAGCAGGAUACUUUGGUAUGGAAAGGUGUGGAUCAUAAUGAGUGUACCUACUCUUCUUCUACUGCUUGGGACUCAAUUCGCAGUAAAGAGAAGCUUGUUCCAUGGUAUAAACUCAUUUGGAAUGCCCAGUGUAUUCCCCGACACGCAUUUAAUAUGUGGCUUAUUAUGAGAAAUAAGCUUCUAACGCAGGAUGUCAUUUUAUCAUGGGUACCGCCUCGAAGAAAGACUAUGGAUAUGAUGUGUUGUUCACUAUGUACUGCUGAUUUUGACUCGCAUUCCCAUCUGUUUUUCGAGUGCUUGUUUUCCACUCAGGUUUGGUUUAUGGUUCGUGAUUUGGCUGACUUGCAUACUGUCCCCCUGGUUUGGCAACAGGUCAUCGAUGUUCUUCUGCAGCAUGCCUCCUCAAAGUUGCCGAUCAAUGUUAUUCGGAGGCUUCUUGUGGCAGCAGUGGCUUACGUUAUGUGGCAGGAAAGGAACAAUAGAAUGUUUGGAAAUCAGAGUCGUCCACCUGAUAUACUGUGCAAGGAAAUUCUACAUACGGUCCGGUCGAAGCUAAUGGGAUUGACAUUUAAGAAGACAGAUUGUGUUUCUUCUCUUCUUGAUCGAUGGGAGGUGCAUGGUGAAAGCUUAUUCAAGAGGUUUACUUAA